AAGUCCAAAGUUCAACUUAAAGAUAUUUAUACUUUGAACUUCAUAAAUUUUGUUUAGCAGUUAAGUUACUUUGUGGCACUUCUUUCUCAGCUGAUUUUUUUCAAAAAUGGAUAUCUUAGAUAAGAUUAUAGACUUUUAUACUUAUGUUGAUCGUAUUAAUGAACGUUCAAAAGUGCAAGACUGGCCUUUUGUGAGAAGUUUAUAUCCAACUUUGUCAUUAUGUAUUUUCUAUCUUAUUUUUGUGUGUACAUUUGGUUUAAGAAUAAUGAAAAAGUUCGAACCAUUUCAACUAAAAUGGAUUCUAGUUGUCUACAAUGCUUUCAUUACAGUUUUGAAUUUGCAUAUAUUUCUAGAGCUUUUACUUGGGAUGAUUGACGCAAAUUACAGUUGGCCUUGUCAGCCUAUCAGGAGUACAGAUGAUCCUAAAGAAUUAAGGAUAGCAUCAGCAUUAUGGUGGUAUUAUAUAUCAAAAUUGAUCGAGUUUCUUGACACGGUGUUUUUUGUACUGAGAAAGAAAGACAGCCAGCUCACAUUUUUGCAUAUUUAUCAUCAUUCAACCAUGCCAAUUUUAUGGUGGAUUGGUAUCAAAUGGGUUCCAGGUGGCUCUUCUGCACAUGCUGCUAUUUUAAAUGCCUUCAUACAUAUUAUUAUGUACUUUUAUUAUGGCAUGGCUGCUCUUGGCCCACAAUAUCAAAAAUAUUUAUGGUGGAAAAAGUAUCUGACUCAAAUGCAAUUGAUCCAGUUCACAAUAGCUCUUGUUAUGGGUUGUCUCAUCAUAAAUAUGGAUUGUGAUUUUCCAAGAUGGAUGUCAUGGGCUUUAGUUUUUUAUAUGUCUUCGUUUCUCAUUUUAUUUAGUAAUUUUUAUAUACAAGCAUACAUAAAACGUGUAUCAUCCAAGAAGAAGGUAACCUAAACAUAUCUUCUGUUAUAAUAGAAAAGCUCAUAACAAGCGUUUACAAAAAUGUUGCAAGAAAAACAUUUAAAACAAGUUUUCCAUGAAAAUCUCUAAAAGUUAGGUACUUAUAGGUAAGUUUAUAUGAGUUCAAAGAGAAGCAUAUAGGCGCCAAUUAGGGAGUAAAAUGUAAGUAUUUACUUGCUUCGUUUUACAGCAUUUCAUUAACAAAUUUUUAACAAAUCUUAACUCCUUGAGACUUUUUUUAUUUUUAGAAAUUUAUAUCUAUUAAUAUUAAGAAAACGAAAUAUUGACUAUUGUUUUUGUUUGAUAUAUUUAAAAAAUUUGAAAGUAAUAUAUAUAAAAUUAAAAUUAUGUAUAAAUAGUAAAAUUAAUUUUUAUAAUAGAGUUUUAAUAGAAAUUUAGGGUGUUUAAUUU